GUCACGGUCAAAGAACCCCGUCUGAACAUUGAGGCUUUGUGCUCUGAUCUGUCCACCAUGAAGAUCUCCCUUCAACAGCUCACACUUCUGGGCCUCUCGGGUCUGCACCAGGCCAACGGCCACUAUGGCUACCCCUAUACCGUCGUGGACGGGGUAGUCUCCAAGCGCUGGGAGUACAUCCGCCCAGUCACCGGCAUCUUUCAGCCCAACUACGACUACUCCGGGCCAAGCGCCAUGUGCGGAAACAACGCCACCCUCCCGCUGUGGCCGAUCAAGACGCUCAAGAUCGCAGCGGGUAGCACAAUCGGAUUCGCUGCCAAGGGGCAGAGCAUGAACCGGCGUGACGAGAGUGAGGAUUUCACCGAUUUCGACCCGAGCUUUUACAUGUACCACAACGGUCCCGCAACUGCGUGGUUGUCCAAGGCACCGGGCGACGACUUGAAUGAGUACAAGGGCGAUGGAGACUGGUUCAAAAUCGACGUCAAGGGAGCAUCGGACGGAAUCCAUUGGGACUACAGGUCUGAGGAACGGAUCAACAUCAUGAACUUCACCAUCCCCGCGGCGACACCACCAGGCAAGUACCUGUUGCGCGCUGAGCACCUCAACAUGGAGAAUGGAGGCUCCUACAGGACAACAGAAAUGUACCAGAACUGCGCACAUGUUGAAAUCACCGGCUCAGGCACAGGCACCCCCGGUCCUGUUACCCAUUUCCCAGGCGCUUUUAAUGCGAAGGACCCUGGCAUCUGGCUCCCAAAUGCCUUGUGGAGGCCCAUCCAGCCUAUGGAUGAGCUUAAGAACUGGCAAGGUGCAGGCCCCAAGGUGUGGCGAGGCUAAGGGUGCUUUCAUUGUAGAGAGGUGUAAUAGAAAUUGAU